AUGAUCUUCCUCUUUGUCGCGGAACUGAACAGCUUCCUGAAGGUCUCCACCACGACGCAAGUCAUCGUCGAUCAGAGCCAAAACGGCGAGCUGCUUCGGAUAAACUUCAACUUCAGUUUCCCAGCGCUGUCGUGUGAGUUCGCGUCAGUCGACGUAACCGACGUGCUCGGAACUGCACGCUACAAUCUGAGCAAGACUGUCCGCAAGUACCCGAUCGACGCGGCAGGCAACUGGGUGGGGCCGGAGCACCAUCCCGACCCGCUGCCCGUGCCGGAGAAGCACGGAGAGGACAGCAACGAGACCACAGAGGAGGUGCAUCAGAAGAUGGCAGAGGACGGGCAUGAGUAUGUGGGCUCGCUCGUGCUCAACAAGGACAACUUCGAACACUUUGCGCAUGAGUAUCAGAUCCUCGUGGUCAACUUCUUUGCCCCUUGGUGUCCCUGGUGCCAGAGACUGGAGCCGGCAUGGGAGAAGGCAGCGACUGUCCUCAAUCGCAAGUACCAUCCUGACUACGAUGGCCGCAUCCGCUUUGCCAAGAUCGACUGCACCAUCUACCAGGACGUGUGCCGAGACAACCACAUCCAAGGAUUUCCUUCCAUCCGCAUCUUCCGCAAGGGCAUGGACCUGCGCAUGCAUGGAGAGCAUGGGGAGCAUGACCAUGAGUCAUACUAUGGCGAGCGAGAUGCCGAGUCACUUGUUGCGUUUGCCGAGUCUCUCGUCCCAUCAGCCACAGUGGGGCGACCCACAGCAGCGGAGGACAGCCACCAGCAUGUCAAGCGCCGCGCCCCUGCCUCUGGCGGGUGCAACAUCGAAGGCUUCGUGCUCGUCAAGAAGGUGCCAGGCAAUCUGAUGAUAACGGCGCAUUCCACGGCGCAUUCGUUUGACGCGGCAACGAUGAACAUGACACACUCCAUCCACCGCUUCUCCUUUGGUCGCCAGCUCACCCGUCGCAAGCAGGAACUGGUUGCCCGCCUCCGGCCCUAUGUGCCUGCCCCUGUGGGGCGACUGGAGGGACAUUCCUUUCACUCCAACCACGACAACGUGACUCACGAGCACUUCAUGCAGAUAGUGUUGACGGAGGUGCAUCCCUUGGGAGUAUCCCGCAAGGACAGCUCGCUGCACUCAUACGACUACACUGCGCACAGCCACACACUGCAGGCGCCCUCCGUGCCCGUCUCGCGCUUCCACUACGAGCUCUCGCCCAUGCAGGUUCUCAUUGUGGAGACAAGGCGCCCCUUCUUCCACUUCAUCACAAACCUCUGUGCUAUCAUUGGCGGUGUCUUCACGAGGCUUGCGAUCUCGCAGCGGAGCUGCGAGGGUCGCGAGCGUGUCGCGAGAGGUGUCGCACGCGCUGCGAUGAGGGACAUUCCGAAGCAGUUUCAGGAGAGGCACUUGAAGGAAGGAUUGAUGGAGAACUUCCGCAACGUGCCGGCGUCGCUGUACGGGCUGAACUCGACGCAGAUGAGCAUGCUCAUGACGGAGGACAGCCCUGUAUCGCGGAUAUCGCAAUCCGUUACCGAGGCGAGCAUCUCGUCCGCGGCGCACUACCGCAACGGCACGGGCAUGUGGUCGAUGCCGGGCCUAGAGAACUCCGCGGCGCGGCUGAGCAUGAGCGUCAGCAUGUACCGCGGGCUGGGCGGCGCCGGCCGCCCCAAGACCGCGCCGCCCGACCUGCCGUCGCUGCUGCUGGACGCGCGCAUCUGCUACCUGGGCAUGCCCAUCGUCCCUGCAGUGACGGAGCUGAUAGUGGCGGAGCUGCUGUGGCUGGACUACGACAACCCAUCCAAACCCAUCUACUUCUACAUCAACUCCUCCGGCACGCAGAACGACAAGCGCGAGAGCGUGGGGUUUGAGACUGAGGCAUACGCCAUCGCCGAUACCAUGAAUUACGUCAAGUCCAAGGUCUACACGGUCAACUGCGGGCAGGCGUUCGGACAGGCCGCCAUGCUGCUGGCAAUUGGAGACAAGGGCCACAGGGCCGUGCAACCCAACGCCGUCACCAAGCUCUAUGCGCCCAGAGCCAGCCAAUCAAGCGGAGCCGCCAUCGACAUGUGGAUCAAGGCGAAAGAACUUGAUGCCAACACGGACUACUAUAUUGAGCUGCUGGCGCGCGGCACGGGCAAGUCACGGGACGAGCUGUACCGCGACAUCAUGCGCCCCAAGUACCUGCGCGGGCAGGAGGCCAUCGACUAUGGCGUGUGCGAUAAGAUCAUUGAGUCGCGCGGCGUGCAGAUGGAGAAGAAGAACUACGACGAGAUGAUGAUGCAAGCCAAAGCCAUGCGCACGAGGGGUGGCCGUCCUGGGGCUCCCCAGACUGCUGCCCCUGCUGGCGGUGGGGGCGCUCCUCGCUAG